ACUCCGGCCUCACGGGGGCAGCACCGCAGCGCCUUGGAGUAAGCGGCUACAAGCUGUUUUGAGGAAUGUGACCAGAAUGUAAACAGUGCGGUGGUUCUUGCUAACGAUUGUUAACAUUGUCGGUGGUGAAAUUUUGAUACUGUCGCUUUGUGUAUGGCUUUGUUACAUAUACUCCAAACUGAUAUGGCACAGAUAGGCUGACUCGCCGUCUUCUUGUCUCUUUGACCCGUUUGAUCGCUUGUGUGGUGAGUAGCUUCCUUCACGGUCAGUGAACCUGCUGCUGAAGCAAGGCCAUAUGAAAGACACAGCUAGCUAGCUUAAAUGAUGGGACAUGAACGCUUAAUUAGACAACAUGAAACCAUGAAGGUAUAUGAGGCAAGAAAAGCUCGAUAAUGAUUUUCUAACUAGAAGUAAACCAAAUAAAACACACACUUCCUUGAUAGGGGCAAGCUAAGUAGUUCCUCUUACAGAUCAUGCAGCAUUGUCUGACAGAUCACUGUUGAUGCAGAUUGAACUGCUGGCAUAAUGACUAAGGACAUCGUUGUUGGAGAUGAACUACCGGACUGGGUGGGAGCCAAGGAGUUCUACCAGAAAUAUGAUCCCAAGGAGGUGAUUGGCAGGUAAGUCCGGAAGCUUAGGGAAUCCCAGGGUUUCAUUAUGAUAUAAGAUGGAACCCGGGCUCAAUUCAACAUGUUUGCUGUUUCAGGGGUGUGAGCAGUGUGGUGCGCAGGUGUGUGCACAGACACACGGGUCAGGAGCUGGCAGUGAAGAUUAUUGAGAUCACAGCGGAGAAGAUGACAGUUCAGCAGCUGGAGGAGGUGAAAACCUCUACACUGAAAGAGAUCCAGGUCCUCAACAUGGUGAAGGGGCACUCCUCAAUCAGUAAGUUGGAAAUCAACUUUUUUUGGUUCUCAAGGCACUUAAACCACAUGCUCUCUUUAAAAGUGUUACAACACUUUUAUGUCUUGUUGAUUCCCUUGUAGUCACUCUCAUUGACUCUUAUGAGUCUGCAACGUUCAUAUUUUUGGUGUUUGACCUGUGAGUAUUGCAACAAAAAUGCAGUGGUUCAUCCAAAAAAUCAAUACUCAAACAUAUUUGUUUACAAAAUUAAUUGAUUCUAAUGAUCUUUAUUUUUCUUUACAGCAUGAAGCGAGGAGAGUUGUUUGACUACCUCACAGAAAAAGUUACUUUAAGUGAGAAGGAAACCAGGUAAACACCACCAAGCCUCAUUCUGUCAGCUUAUUUAGAUUUUUGAAAUUUUGAUUCUUGCCAUCGUACUAUACAAAUUUAAGAGAGGCCAAGUGAGGUGUUAUGUGAAACUCUUUAUCGUGCAGGAGUAUGGUGCGAGCUCUGCUGGAGGCUGUGCAGUACCUCCACUCUCUGAACAUCAUCCAUCGGGAUUUAAAACCUGAGAAUAUUCUCCUGGAUGAUCAGGGACACCUUAAGCUGUCAGACUUUGGUUUCUCAGUGCAGCUACAACCUGGAGAGAAACUUAGAGGUAUUGUUUUGUGAAAUAUAAAGGAUUACAGACAUGUUAAUAUUGUGUUUAUAGAUGAUCAUUAUUUUCUCUGUUCCUACAAGAGCUUUGUGGGACACCUGGUUAUUUGGCCCCUGAGAUAUUAAAAUGUUCAAUGGAUGAAAUGCACCCAGGCUAUGGCAAAGAGGUCGACCUGUAAGUAUUUUCUUCUUUUCUUUGAAGUAAUACUAAUGUAGAUUUACAAAGUAUUAUUCUUUAAGUAUUUCUGUCUCUCUCAUUUGUUUCUCUGCAUGUUUUGAAAAGCUGGGCCUGUGGAGUGAUCCUUUUCACCUUACUGGCCGGCUCACCACCUUUCUGGCAUCGUAAACAGAUGUUGAUGCUAAGGAUGAUCAUGGAGGGCCGCUAUCAGUUUAGCUCCCCAGAGUGGGAUGAUCGGUCUGACACUGUGAAGGAUCUGGUAAAACAAAUUAAUCUCAGAGGAUCAAUUUAUCCUAGAAAAUGUCAUGAAACUGAACCUAUGGAUUAUGUCUUGUUUUUAUCAUUUUGCUUAUGUUGCUCAGAUAUCUAGGCUGCUUGUGGUGGACCCAGCUGCCCGUCUAACUGCAGAGCAAGCCUUAGCACAUUGCUUUUUCAGGCAGUAUCAAAAAGAGGAUGUGCGGCUCUUCAGUCCGAGAAAGACUUUCAGGGUAAGUUUUAACACUGACUUUUUGAUGGCAGCUGAUUUAGGAUAAAUGAAAUGGCUAUUCAGUAGUAUGUAAUGGCAGAAAUAUUGUCUACAUUUCUAUUUUUCCCCUGUCUAAUCUCCUUAGGUGUUGAUCAUCAGCGUGCUUGCUUGUAUCAGGAUGUAUAGCCGAUACCGUAGGGCUCGCCCACUGACUCGGGAGGUGCUAGCCAGAGAUCCUUACUCCCUUCGUGGUGUCAGAAAACUGAUUGACGGCUGCGCCUUCCGUAUCUAUGGUCACUGGGUAAAGAAAGGGGAGCAGCAGAACCGAGCAGCUCUCUUCCAGAACACAGCUAAGAUCAUGCUGCUGGGCCUUGAGGACUUUGAAGCAUAAAAGUCAACCUCAUUCCUAACCAUGUGGAUUUUUAUUUAAAGUUAGCAUGUGCUGUCAUGUGUUUGUUCUUCUUGUCACUAGGUGUCUUUUAAAGAGAGAAAUUCAGGGACCUGGAGGUUUCUAUGCCUUAAUGCACACUCUGGUUGAGUUUACGAUAAAGCAUGCACAACUUAAUAUUCCUCAUCUGCCGUUUGAUCUAUGUUUGUGGUUGUUCGAAAGUCUUGUCAGGUCAUCAUGUGUGCAGUCAAGGAAACAUUGCACAAUCAUGUACUUUAAAAAAAAAAAACAUUUUGUGUGUAUACAUUCUGUAUAUUUUUCCUUUUAACAGUUAUAAUUUGGACACUGUAUGGUUGAAGUGGAUACAAAAGCACUUUGGUGAAACAAGCUUGGAUUUCAAAUAUUCCAGUGUUGCAAACUCAGCGAGGAAGAACGUGAAACAUUUAAGUACGGUAUUGAGGUGUGCUUUUGUGACAGAAUCCUGCAGCUGUUUGGCAUACACACAUUCUUCAUAAGAAAAAUCUAUGCGCACAAGCUGUGAAGAACAUACUGUUUAUGACUGUUUCCCUUUAAACCUUAACUACACCAUUCCAUACUCUCUGUUUUUCAGUUCCAUAAGGUGUGCUUUUCCUAAAGGUGCCUGCACUUAAAUCUACCAAUGCAUAUGUACAUUUUAUUGUUCCAAGAAAAAAGAUUUAUUCACAAUAAAGCAUAUGUUUAAGUGUGA